AUGGAGGAUCCACAACUUGCAAACAAUAAAGGGCGUUGGAUCAUACUCACAGAAAAGUGCAUUAAGUACUUGAGACAGGUUAUUGUCGCGUACUGUAAAGAGUACUGUGCAAGCGGACAGUCAAAAAGUGGAAUUGACAUCGCUCUGUUUCGACUAAACUAUGUUAUCUACCUCUUUUCAAUUGUGGAGUCAUCAAUGAAGGUCCCACCACCCAUCGAAGUGAAGGAAAAUGACGAGAAAGACGGGCUUUCUUUCAAACGGUUUGAUAAAAUAAUCGAUUCCUUCAGCAGAGCGUUGAACUAUCUUCAAUCUUCAGACAAAAAGAAAGUGGUCAAGGCAGCGGACUUUUUUAAAAAAAUUGACACGGAUGUCUUUACUUACAUCCCAAAGAAAAAGUCGGAAAUGAAAGAAAAAGAAAAACCAAUACGAGUGACCAAUUCUUACAUUAAAGAGCUUUUCAAUUUCAGGGAGCUUUUGAAAGCACAACUUGAACUGACGUACCACAGAGACAUCUCAAAGGACGAGGCUGGUGUGAAUUACAACAACUUGCUUAUUGAGGGAUAUUGUAUAACGUUCCCAUUCAAAAACAAACGACUUGUCUCCGCUGAUGUCAUCAGCGAGCUCUUUUUCUCGCUUUUUGAUUGUCAGACGGACGAGCAAUACAAGGCAUACCCAAGCGAUCCAUCAGAGAUCAGUCAGACCUUGAUGAACCUGAUCUUUUUCUGGUACCAGAACUAUAAUGAAGACUUCAGGUCAGUGUUUUGUGAAAACAUAGUGAAGUGGAUGAACAGGUACAGCGUUCUUGUUUUUGACCUCGAGUGCAUCAACACUGCGGCUGCGACAAAAAAGAUGGAAAUGCAGAGCAAUAAAGAGAAACAGAAAAAAGUGCAGGCAAAGAAAAUACGACUUGCGUACAUCAACGAAAACAUCGUCGCAGAUAUAUUGACUGAAAUUGACGCGGAAAUGCUAUUUAAUGUGCCAUUCAGCUCGUAUUUGGUCGAUACAGAACAACUCAACAAGACGACGUCCGCAUUCGAGAGAGGGAAGAUGGACUUCGAUGUCCGAAUUGCGAAAUAUACCGCGUUUGUGAAGAAGAUGAUCGGUGUCGAUGUGAACGAGGCGUACCAGUUCUUUACAACAUUGUGCAACUCGUUGGUGUAUCGGUGCCACAACUACUUUGCGGCAUUCACGAUUUACUCACAGCUCCAGAAAAACUUGGAUGAGCAGAGCGAGACCGGGCCCAAGUUCAAGUUGUCUUCUCUUGAAAAGAACGUUUUGGACCAAUACAACAACCUCAAAAAGAGUUUCCCUGAGUGUGCUAAUCCUGGGAACAGCUCGAAUUAUGAAGUUGUCAAAAAACUUGGUGGUGCGUUUAUUGCACACCCCGAGUUGAUGAGGACUAUUGGCACUGAUCUGAUGAAAAAAGCGCUCACCGUUUCGAUGAAAUACGAAUUUGAUGUUAACAGUGUCAAUGGGUUGAACGCGUUUGCGGUUGUUUUUGAGGAAAGCCAGAUCCAUUACAUGCAAGAGCCAAAGACAAGAGCCGAGUCACUGCGGCCAGUUCUCGGGUACGAUCUGUUGCAGUACCUGGAUGUUUUACCUGUCACUCCCGAGGAUGAACAAAAACUCACUGCAUACGACAAACCAACCAAAACAGCAACAAAGAGGUGCAAGCGGGCUGAGAUCAUCAGGCUCAGAAAAGAAGUGGCCAAACAGAAUGCAGAAAAGCUCCUCGCCAAAACCCCCAAAAUCAAAUGA